AUGGUCAUUCCCGCCAUCACAGCCGAAACACUCAAAGCAAACCUCCCUUCUCGCUUCCUGAUCUCAAUGGACAAUCCUCAACAACAGAGUGCCAAGGGUAGUCUUGACCAACUCUGCGACUCGGAAUUCUGCCGAUUCCUGGCCGUUCUGCAGUUUAGCCCGUCUCUCCAUCCAUUCGACGCGAUUGAAGAGGCUCUGGGCCAGACCUUCCUCGAUGGCCGUUUAUUCCAUAUACUCGAAAUCGGAUCAUUCGAAACAAUUGUGGCCAGAGAAUAUUGCCCCUCCUGCAGAUUCACCCUCGCCGUGCUAGAAAGCUGCUCUAACGAUAGGGGGCCGCCGGACUCGACGUAUUGGGCUUCUUGUGAUACCAGAUGUUUAACUAUCAGGCUUCGCUACCGCAAGGCUGGUGACCCAGCUUUUUAUUACGUGGGCAAGUUGCUGGAAAUGCUGACAUUCCUCGCAAACGAUUAUAACCGAGAUCCUGAGGCAGGAAGAGUCGUGGAUUCCGAAGGCAUCGACUACCAACGUAUGAAAUCCUGGUUAGAGCUUUGCUCGCAAUUGCAUAAAGUCUGCCCGUCCACAGCCAUAGGGAGCAGAACACAUGGCCGAAAUCUCCCCCUUCGCCUUCGCGUUGUCGAUGUUCAAGAAAUGUGUCUGACGGAAAUCCCAUGGACGGAGAAAUACGUUGCCCUGAGCUAUGUGUGGGGAGGAGCAACUCCUCCUCGGCUUGUCAAACACGAGCUGGAGAUGUGGAUGACUCCCGACUCAAUCCGACUUCGAGCGCACAGCUUUCCCCAAACCAUCCGCGAUGCGAUAGAGGUUGUCAGGAAUCUCGAGCUACGGUAUUUUUGGUUUGACUCACUGUGCCUCUUUCAAGAUGAUUUCGAAGAGCUUCGCAAGAGCAUCAAAAAUAUGGACAUGAUAUUUGAGAAAGCAUAUUUCACCAUAGUCGCCGCCAAUGGUUCCAGUGCCAAUGAUGGUCUUCCAGGUGUUGGGAGAUCCCGUAACCCAAGCCAGAUGGUCCAAUAUAUAAAGCCCAACACAAGUCUGAUUAGGGUGGUGCCGCUAGAUGCCCACCUGAAGUCAUCAGUGUGGUCGACGCGCGGUUGGACACUCCAAGAACAACAUCUCUCACGCCGAACAAUGAAUUUUGUCGACGAACAAGUAUUCUUCCGCUGCCGGGAGAGCGUAUGGGCCGAAGAUCUGUGUAAAGACAUUGUGCUUCAGACUCAUCCUCGACUUUACCGCGAAACGGGAACCGAUUACAUCGCGUUUGCGCGAGAGAGUAUGGACGACAUGGAGUUUGCCUUGGCACCUUACGACUUCCUCUUCAGUGCUCUGGAGGAAUUCCAAAAACGCAAAAUUACUAUGAACAGUGACGCAUUGAAUGCCAUGUCUGGCAUCCUUGAGCGAGUUGCCGAUGCCGCAACGACGGAAAUGAUCGAAGGCCUACCCGCUAAGAUUCUCCCUGUGGCUAUGAUCUUUCAAAAUCGAGGGGACAACCCAGAGCUGUCUUCAGACGUGCGCCGUAGGUCGGAUUUUCCGAGCUGGUCGUGGGCAGGAUGGCGGGCCCCGUCCUUUUGGCACAUCUGGGGUGAAUUUGAUAUAAUAUUCAGUGGCGAGGAUGAGAUUCUCGACUGGCUGGCCGAUGCCAAUUGGAUCAAAUGGCGGAUGUCCCAGAAAGGGGGUAAGCUUGAAAUUGUCCACGAUCCAUCGACAAUUAGGCACCAAUUCGCCAUACAUGAUGGAGAGAAAGCAAACACGAGUGACAUACACAAUACCGUGACAGCACGUGGGGAGAGAUCUGUGCUGCACCCCCUGGAUCAAAUACCCUGGGCUGCACGAGACGUGGUUGCUAAAAUCCCGCCAGAUAUUCCCUACACCGUCUUGGUUUUCCAGACCAUCGUCAUCCACAUGGCCGUUGCCGCCCCAGGGCCAGAUUCCGAUUCGUACUGCCACUACUCCAUCCUUGACAAUACGGGCUCGAAUUGUGGUGAAGUCAUACCGGACUUACUACCUGCGAUUCCCAACACGGAGAACUACGUCUCCAAUGGCACCCAAGGAAACACAGACGCAGAUGCAGACAGACUGGUCGAAGCAGAGGAGAAAGCACGACAGCCCAGAUACCCUUUCUCCGAGUUCCUCCUCCUCUCCGAGCGCCAUCACAAACCAAACUGGAGAGCCGAGGGGAUAGACAAGACCCUGCAGAACGUCGUUGAGAAGGACUCUUACUGGGUGAUGAUGGUCGAGUACCUACCCAAGAAAGCCGUCUAUGAACGGAGAGGCAUCGGCCAUGUCCUGAAGACUUCGGUGUUGGAAGGAAAGACGUUUGGGCCGGGGCCUGAGUGGAGGGAGAUUGUGCUGGCUUGA